AUGUCAUCAGCGCCUCUUCCUGCUUCUCGCAUUCUGUCAAUAAGUCCUUCGCUUUCCAGAACAGAAACAUAUCUACCGACGGCAACGACGACAAUAACUCAAGAAAGCCAAUGUAAUUCUCAUAAUGGCAACAAUGUUGGCGCUACGUCUGCCCCCUUGACACCACAAAACACUACCCGACCACCCACAACAUCCCACCAUAUUAAAUACUUCGGCGCAGGAGCUUAUCCCUCCUACGUAGUCCUCUCCGUAACCCGCCCAACAACAACAUAUACAACUAUAGUCCCCCUCGGUAACUCAUUCCCAACGGAUGCAUCAUCCUCAGCCUCCCCCCCAGAAACAACAGCUCAAACCCCCGGCAUUCCAACAAGCUCCAUCGUCGGCAUAAUCGUGGGGUGUAUCUUGGCAUUCGGAAUGUUGGCUGGCGUGUUUUAUGUGUAUGCGCUGAGGGCAAAGCGGCAUCGGUUUAUGCAGAGGCGAGGAGGCAGUAGUAGGAAGACCACUAGUACUGGGACCAGGUCAAGGAGGAGUAGACGGUCGAGUAGUGGAGCUGGAGGACAGCCGCCUCCUCCCGGGGGAGUUUUCCCACCUGCAGGAGAACCUUGA